AUGCGCCUAGGCCUGGCUUCUCUGCUGGUCGUCUCGCUGGGCAUCCUUGUUCGAACGCCUUCCACCUAUGCCAUCGCUACUCGCACGACACAGGAUGACCCCCUCGUCUCCCAAAGCAACUCAUCUUUAACUACUAGUUUCCGCCCUCUGCCUCUCGAUCCACUCCAUUCUUCUAACAAUUUAGUAGAAGGUCGUGCCCAUAUCGAAGAUAAUCACGCCUCUGUCCAUGAAAAUCACCCCUACUCUUUGUCAAACCUACAUUUGACACGGAAUUCACCGCCUGAGGAGGAAAUUAAUGGAAAUAACAUAGACGGUGUUAUUGACGAAGUGACUGAUAAUAGUGUUGCUAAAGAGGGGCUUCUGGUUGGGGAUCUAAAAAAGACUGACGAAUUUAAAAGGACGAUAUUAAAUGUGGGAUAUUUGGCAGCUGUCAAAGGACAGAUGAAUGGAAGACAAGGUCUGGCUAUUUCUGGAGCUAUCAAGAUGGCGUUGGACGAGGUAAACAAUGAUCCAAAUCUGCUUCCGAAUAUUACUUUAGAUUUGAAAUACUAUGAUACCAAAGGAGAAACUGUUCUAGCAACAAAAGCAAUGACAGAACUGAUAUGCGAGGGUGUUUCUGCAUUUUUUGGACCUGAAGGUAGUUGUCAUGUUGAAGCAAUCAUUUCCCAAGCCAGAAAUAUACCAAUGAUCAGCUACAAAUGCUCAGACUAUAAAGCUUCAGACGUUCCAACAUUUGCAAGAACUGAACCAACUGACACACAGGUUACAAAAUCUGUUAUCUCCCUUUUAACUUAUUACAAAUGGAAAAAAUUUUCGAUAAUAUACGACUAUCACUACUCUACGGUUGCAAAUUCUUUAAAAAAGGAAGCUUUACAGAGAAAUAUGACCAUCAAUUUCGUCAAAGAGGCCAUGGAUACCCACAGUUGUUGCCAAAAUAAUCUGCCUUGUUGUCAAGAUGUUAAUUGGUACAACAUAAUUAAAGACACGAAGAAUAAAACACGAAUUUAUGUGUUUAUGGGAACAGCUAAAGCCUUAGUGGAACUCAUGGAUGCAAUGGAAACGGCUAAAUUAUUUGAAAAAGGAGAAUAUUUUUUAAUAUAUGUUGAAUCGAACACAUAUUCUGAUGAAUAUGCUUACCAAUAUUUAUGGAUUCCAGAAACAUUGACCAAAUACAACAAUUGUAAGGCCACAGGAGAUUUUAGUAGCGCUCAAAAAAGAGCAAAAUCCCUUUUUGUAGUAGCACCAACUGCACCGACAGAGAAUUAUUCAGAAUUUACAACCAAAGUUCAAGAAUAUAAUUUGAACCCUCCUUUUAACUUUCCUCCUAAGUCUAAAAAUUUGCCGCCUAGUUUUGAAAAGUUUGUUACUAUCUACGCAGCUUACUUAUUCGAUUCAGUAAAACUAUAUGCUUCAGCAUUACACUAUUUAUUAAGUCAAAAAUCAUUUUUAAAUGAAACUGUCAUUCGAGAAAUAGCUAGUGAUGGUACAAAAAUUAUAGAAACCAUCAUUCAAAUCAAUGGGACGUACAAAAGUAUAACUGGCGCUAUGAUGAAACUGGACAAAAAUGGAGACUCGGAGGGUAAUUAUUCUGUUAUUGCUUAUUCAGUGCCGAAAGACAAGAAUGUUAGAGAUAACUUUACUUGUGACUACCAAAUGAGGCCUGUUGGACAAUUCUACCAGUCCUCUGAACCCAACAAUACAAUUCCGCGGUACGAGCUCAACAGCAAUACUCAAAUAUAUUGGCCAGAUGGGACCAACCGUCCUAAAGACCAACCUAGCUGCGGUUUUGAUAAUGAAUUAUGCCCCAAGCCCAACACUCAGUUGAACAGCAUCAUUGCGGCUGGUGUUCUGGCUAUAAUGCUCUUCUGCUUUGGAGUCAUCACAAUGAGUAUCUACAGGAAAUGGAAGAUUGAACAGGAAAUUGAGGGGUUGCUUUGGAAAAUAAAUCGAGAUGAGAUACAUAAUUAUUUUGAAGGAGAUGUGGUUGCUAGUCCUAGUAAGCUUAGCCUGGCUAGUGCGAGUGUAACUUCAUAUGAGUCUAGGGGUGGUCUCCAAGUAUUCGCCACAACGGCUCAGUAUAGAGGCGUCGUAGUUAGAAUAAAAGAAUUGAACUUUUCGCGCAAAAAAGACAUUUCUCGCGAUAUUAUGAAAGAAAUGCGGUUGUUGCGAGAACUCAGACACGAUAAUGUAAAUUCGUUCAUUGGAGCAUGCGUGCAACCAACCUCAAUAUUACUAGUCACUGAUUAUUGUGCCAAAGGAAGCUUAUACGAUAUUGUAGAAAAUGAAGAUAUUAAAUUGGACAAAAUGUUCAUAGCCUCAUUAGUUCAUGAUCUCAUUAAGGGCAUGUUGUAUAUACACAAUUCCAUGCUAAUGUGCCACGGAAAUUUAAAAUCUUCAAAUUGUGUGGUGACUAGCAGAUGGGUGCUGCAGGUGACGGACUUCGGUCUAGCUGAAAUGAGGCACUGUGCUGAAAAUGAUAGUAUAGGGGAAUAUCAGUAUUAUACAAGUUUGUUGUGGAAAGCUCCAGAAAUUCUGAGAAAUCCUUGUGCACACAGACAAGGAACCCAAAAAGCAGACGUCUACAGUUUUGCUAUUAUUUUGUACGAAAUUCUUGGACGAAGAGGACCGUUUGGCGUCACCAAAUACGAACCAAAAGAUAUAAUUGAAAAUGUAAAAAAAGAGGCCCAAUACGAUCCGUUCCGACCCGAUAUAGAUGCUUUAUAUGAUUCCGAAUUAGGCUGUGAUGAAUAUGUUUUACAAUGUAUGAAAGACUGCUGGUCGGAGAAUCCAGAUGACCGACCAGACUUUGUUACUGUAAGGACAAGGUUGAAACGAAUGAAAGAUGGAAAGAAUAAAAAUAUUAUGGAUCAAAUGAUGGACAUGAUGGUGAAAUAUGCAAACAAUUUGGAAGAAUUAGUGACUGAACGAACGAGACUGUUAGACGAAGAAAAACAAAAAACUGAAGAUUUAUUACAUAGAAUGUUACCUCAACCUGUUGCACAAAAACUGACCAAAGGCAUGGGCGUAGAACCAGAAUCUUUCGAUCAAGUAACCAUCUACUUCAGUGAUAUUGUCGGUUUUACAGCCAUGUCAGCGGAAAGUACCCCCCUCCAAGUUGUCAAUUUCCUCAACGAUCUCUAUACAGUAUUUGAUAGUAUCAUCAAAGGUUACGACGUUUAUAAGGUGGAAACUAUAGGAGAUGCUUACAUGGUGGUUUCUGGAUUGCCGAUUAAAAAUGAAAAUAAACAUGCAGGCGAGAUAGCAUCUAUGUCUUUAGAAUUACUGAAUGCCGUAAAAUCACAUUCAAUAUCACAUAGGCCCAACGAGCCAUUGAAAUUAAGAGUUGGGGUCCAUACAGGCCCAGUCGUGGCAGGGGUCGUAGGUUUGACAAUGCCUCGUUACUGCCUCUUCGGUGAUACUGUUAACACAGCAUCUCGCAUGGAAAGUAAUGGGGAACCACUGAAGAUCCAUAUCAGCCAACAGUGUAAAGAUGCAUUGGAUAAAUUAGGAGGUUAUAUAAUCGAAGAACGCGGUAUAGUGAGUCUAAAGGGUAAAGGUGAUGUGAAGACUUAUUGGUUAACGGGCGCUACUGAGCAAGCGAUACAGAAGAGAGAAGUGGAUUUGGGGGAGUUGCCUCCUUUGUUUUGUAGGCCCAGGAGAAGUCCUAAAUUGACUUCUGAUUCCAGGAAUGCUUCGGUGACUGGGUUUGGAGGAUUUCAUAGUAGGAGGCAUUCCAGUGUGCCUAGAGGUACGAGCACGGAAGUGGAAAGCACAUCGACUAUCCAAAAUUCACCUGUUCCUGCCCAAACCCAGCGUUUAACGCGUCACACAUUAACUGUUCCAGACAGCGGUGGAUCCAAAUUGACCAUCAACACUGCUUUUGGUAGCCAACUUAUCGAAGUUCCCGAAGAAAACCGUAAACCGAGGCCUAGACGGGUUCUGUCGAGUAUAGCCUCGAGUUGCGAUGAACACCAGAGAAGUCAGGGCAUGCUAAAUAGGAUAAGAGAAUCUAAAUCUUUAGAUCCUCUUCCUUUCUUCAAGGGCAAUAAACCUUCAGAAUUAAUGGAGAGGUUCUUAAACGGGGAGCGUAAAUCUACUAGAUCAUUAGAAAGCUGCGAAAAAUGCGGCGAAAUACAGAUCAUCGCAUUGCCCGAAGACAAAAUGACGAAUAACAAUUUUCCGAAUGGUAAUCUAUUCCCCCAGGAGAACGUGCAUCAUUACAUGGAAGAUGUACAGGCGCCAUUGCUGAAUGCAGUACAACAAAAUAUAGCGAGUAUCAGAAGAAGGGGAGGUAGUGCUGUGGAUGAUUUACCUGAAAGCGAAUUUUCUAAAAAAUGGCGUUCUCUAGAAGCAGUUUCUACAUCUUGCGGGCAGCUUUCAGACGUGCCAAGCAAAAAAUCUGUUUCAAAAAGCGCUCUUAAGAGUUGGUUAGUCAGUUUAUUCAGCGGAAGUGGAUUCAAAUCUAGCAGCACUUCAUUAAGAAAAGGCAAUUUAAACGAAUAUAAUAACUUGCAAGUUGAAAAGGAAAGUAUAGUUUAAAAUAAGUUGCAAGGAAAUCCCUUGAUUUUAAGGGAUAUUUAACCAGUGAUAUUUUUUAUAUAAUAAAUAAAAUUUAUUUACUAAAUGUGAUGUACAAAUUAGAUUCAUCGGUUAAAAGUUUUUAGCGCGACUUCGAGGAAUAUGACUUUUCAUAUACAAUGACUUUUUUCACACUACAAAAUCUGUAAUAUUCAAGAUAUUUUUAUAGUUAUUAACGAUAUAACUUUGAUUAUUGAAUGUUUAACAAAACGAGUUUUGUUUUAUUAUAAUCAAAUAUGUAUUGUUCAAUAUUUUACCUACAUCGCUAAAUUUGAGUUUUAAAUGUGGAGUGUAGUAAAGAGAACUAUCUCUAUAUACAAAAAGUGUCCCUCAAAAUGUAUAAAAUUAAGAUGGUGCAGAGGGACGUCGACAGUCGAUAAUUCAGAUCACACAAUGACACUUAUGAUGUAUAUAGUUAUAUGUAUUGCUCACCCAUAUGUAUGGAGUGUAGAGGUCUUAGUAGAGGUAAGGGUAUAUAUAUUAUGCUCGAAGGGUAUAGCCUAAAAACUAAAAACUACAUCAUGAAAAGCCAUCGUGAAAAGCGACUCAGCUUACAAUCGUAGAGAAAUUUUAAUAAUAGACAACAAUAGUGCUAUUCGUCGUCUGAUUUACAUAUGGGUGAGCUAUCUAUAUAACUGUAUAUCAUUGGAUCUUUCCCUUUUAGUAUAUGAUCGCCAUCUUAAUUUUACACAUUUUGGGGGACAUUUUUUGAGAGAAACAACCGUAUGAGAUUGUCGUCCUUUACACUCCAUAGUUUUAAAAUUCUAAGAACAAAGUGACUGUUGUGCUCGUUGCUAUGGAAAAGUUUUUUUCUUAUUGUAGAUAAAUCAUUUGACAUUUUACUUAAUUUGUGUGGUGGCAUUAUUAAAAAUUACUUAAAAUGAUCGAUUCAAAAUUUGAUAGUAUUUACCAUCAGAUAUUGAUGCAGCCCCGGAAAAUAAUAUAAAUUUUGUUUAUUUCUUUAUUUUUAUUAUUUGCUAUUACUUACUUACCAAUUAAAAGACGGUGCCGUUUUGAAUUUUAUUAUAAAUAAAAUCAUGAAAAAAAAAUUAAAUAUUUCCGUUUGAUACUGUGUUUAUUCGAAGAAACCAGCCUAAUAUUUAAAGUUUAAAUUUAAAAUAAAAUGACUAUGUAUCUCUUUGAUAGUCUUUGUGGAAAAUUUUUAUUUAGCAUAAUCUAUUUAACGAAAACAAUUAAUUAAGACUCCUUGACACAAAAUUCCGAAACCUAGAAAUCGAUUAACUUUAUAUGACUUUUACAGAGUGUUGUGCCAAAUAAUCCUUUUUUAUUUAUUUUUUUUUUUCAAUCUACAGAUUGUUAAAUGUUUCGUAUUACUUCUUACUAAAGUAAUUUUAUCAUCAAUAAAAAUUAACUAUUAAAAUAUGCUGAAAAUUGCAGAUUAUACAGCAAAUAUUAAAAUAAUUAGAUUUUCCCACGGUCGGAUGGACGAAAAAAAUAAAUUGCAACUUAAAUAUCUUUAAGCAAGGUUCGUUUGUUUUUGAAAAACAUUUUACCAUGCAUUUUUGAUAUCGCUUAGAGCCACAUUAUAGUUCGCAAUUUUACUUACUGCAAGUCGAACUAAGCCCAAGUGAAUUUGCUAUCUGUAAAAGGUCGCCAACUUAUCUUCAUUAGUGAAGAAUGAAAGAUUAUCUAUUAUCUCAAAUGUGGUCAGUAGUGAAAUUAAAAUAAAGCACAAAAUCAAUACCACAGCAUAAAAUUUAUUAAUAAGUAUCGUGACUAGUUUCGGCAUACACGGCCAUCUUCAGGCCUACAAUACAAAUAAAAAGAAUGAUAGUAAUAUAGUGAACGUAGAGCUACAAACAGUUAUAUAGAACUAAAUAAUUAUAACUUAUUAUUAAAUUUUAUGGUGUGAUAUUGGUUUUGUGCUUUACUUUAAUUUUUCAUUAGUGUUUGACUAUUUUUAUUGCAAAUUCGUGAGUUUUAGAAGUGUUGAUCGUUGAUUUAAAGAUUAUCUAAAGGAUAGUACAUUAGUUUAUUAAUUUAAAAAACGUGUAAUAAAAAUACAUUUAAAAUACAUAUAUACUUAAUAAAUAUUAAGAAAUACCUACCUACUAUAUAUAUGUAUGCAUUCAACUGAACUAAACAACACCUAAAAUAACUCUACAAAUUUGAAAACAAUAAUACGCAAAUCUGACUAAUAAAUAUUCUCAUAAAUCAUUGUUUGUUGUUUUUGCCAAUCGUCUACCAUUUAAAGUCACGUGAUUUGAAUUGCCUAAUUGCAACAGCUUAUCAACAUUAUGUUAGUGGGCAGACGUGGAAAAAUUGAGAACUGUAAGGGGCUCUUACCAAUGUUAUAUUGUGAAAAAACAUCUUGUUGCUUGAAAUUCAUAGUAAAACAUCGAAUAAUAGCGAUUUUUUAUUUGUUAAUCACGGGAUACAAUUUAAUUCAAGUAUAAAAAGAAAUUUAAAACCCUUAAGGAUCAUUUUAAAAUAUAGUAAAAUUUAUUCUCUAUAAUAUUGGUUACAGAUUUUUGUUUGAACUGUUUUGAUUUUAAGGAAAAAUUUAAGUUAACGUAAAGUUUUGUACGUAAUUUACAUAAUUGAAUUUGGACUCCAUAUAUUGCGUCUCGUCCAAUAAAGUUCUUUAUUUUAUACAUAUUGGAUAAAUAUGUAAAUAAUAAAUAUCAAGAAGUUAAAAAAAUAAUUCUAGAAGAAAUGGUUAAUCGAUUAACGUUGAGUAUAUCAUAAAAUUUAUUAUUACGUGAAAAGAAUGUUCUUCGAAUUUGCUCAAAUAUUCUUAGAAAAAAUAUAAUGUAUGGAUAACAGUUGAAAAUUGUAACCUUUAUAAAGAACAAAAACCAUUCUACUUGAAGAAUAAUUUUUACUAAUUUUUUUAUUUUAACUUUUAAAUUUUUUUUAAUUUGUGAUUUUCAAAUAAAAAUUUAUAGAUUCCAAACGAGGCAUGAUGAAGGUAUAUUUAUGUACGCAAAGGCUAGAAAAAUUAUUUUUAUUACCCAAUGUACUGGUUUCUAUUAAGAAAACAAGUUAUUUGAUGGUUUUUAAAACUUAUAUAAUAUGAAAAAUACACUGAUUAUUACAAUUUUUGAAAAUUGUUUUGUAAGAUUGUCGUAAAGAAAAUAAAUAAAAAAUACUUGUAGGAAUAAAAAGGUAAAUGAAAAAUAUUCUUUUUUAUCGGUUUUUGAUACAUAUCUUAUAAAAUACAUAUUUGAAUUUUAACAUUUAUGUGAGAUAUGAAAAUACUGGAAUUCGCACACAAUUUUAUAAAAUUUCAUAUAUAAUAUUUUUAUUCAAAAAUGCAUUUAUAUUUGUGUGAUUUUAGUUGUGAUCCUGCAUACAUUAUUUUUGUCUUUUUAUUUUUCUUUUAAUUAUUGAAUAUUUAAAAUGUAAGUAAUUUGUUAUACAAUUUUAAUUUUUUUUUUAUUUAUAGUUUAGUCAUUAAUAAUGUGAAUUGAGAAAAAACUUUUCAUAAGUGAAAGUUGAAUAUGCGUUGUAACAAUUUUUCUAUACUUGUAAACAGUUGAUUUCGAAAACUAGGGUAAAAAAUUAAAAACAAAGCACAUAAAUGGAAAAAGUGUCCUUACUUUAAUUUAGCUUCAUAAUUGUAUAUUUUUUGAUGGAAUGAACACAAUUGGUAUACAAAAGGGGGCCAAAAAUUUUAAAUUGCUCUAAAAUUUAAAGAUGUCGUUUUUGCUUGUCUAUAGUAGAAGCGUAAUUCAACUAUAACUUUUACGGCUAAAGAAUAUUAACGGCCCUUCGAAUUUAUUAUUAUAAUUAUUAUUUUACAAAGUCAUUUGGAAAUCGCUUAAAUUAAAUAAACCAUUUAUAAACAUUGAAUUAUGCGCAUUUAUUUUCAUAGAAUUAUUUCAAAAUCGGGCAGUAAAAUAGAAAGAUUAAUAAUUUUUAAAUAUCAAAAAUAUUAUAUUUUUCUGAACAACAAAAUUAACACAAAAAUAAUGACAAGCUCUCUAAAUUGUGGUAUCCAAAAUAUACAGAGUGAAACAAAAGUCUGGAAACGAUUAAUCAUCUGGGAAAUGGGUAGUCCGAGUUGUACAAAAUUUGGAAUAAGCCUAUUUUUGGAUAAGAAGAAUCCAGAUUAGACAUUUGCAAUGUUGCCAGAUUUGUCGUUUUUCUGAUGUUAGUAACAUGUCAUUAUUGAAAUCCCUCCAAUACGAGUUCAACCCAUAUACAUCAUAUUAUCCAAGAUAGACUCGCCCUUCACUCUGUAUAACCAAUAUACCUUCUGUCCGCAUGAAAUACCAGACGGAGAAAAGGGAAUCGUACAUCGCACAUAACCGUAGUGUUUCGGGAGGGUUUAUUUAGAUUUUAUAAAAAUUAUUUAUUGAUCAAAUCUUAAUGACAUAUACACGUUCAAUAGGUAUACUGAAUCAAAGGUAAAUUUAAAGAAACAAUUGUAUUCAAAAAACCGUUCUGUAUAUUUUCUUAUAGAUUAAAAGAGCAAAUUGGAGAAACAGUUAUGUUAGUAUUUGAAACAACCACGAAAAACAGACUAAUCAAUUCAUUCAAAAUUAAGCCUUAUUUAUUUCAAUAAUUCAGAUUGUGUUUUAUAUUAUACAGACAGAGCUGUCGCAUCGGCUGCCGCAUUAGAGAGAACAAGGCGGCUUCUAAUUUGAGUGGUGAUAAUUUGUGCAAGUUGAUUUAUCUGAAGAGCGAGUAUUUGUUUUAUGAAUAAUUCAGUAGUACUUACGUCUACGACGCUUGCUUUAGAUUGCUGUCACACUUCAAAAUUAAAUGUGAAUGUUCCUGGAAAUCACCUUCAACUAUGAUAGUUGCAACGAGAAAAAUACAUUAAACUCCAUAAUAACUGGCCUUAAAAAUGCAAACAUACUUCCUUAAUGUAAUUUUGAAAGCGUUUUAGAGCCUUGUGUUGAGUCAAUACUGAAUUAUAACCAUAAACAAUCCUUGUAACAUAACGCGCACAUACUCAUAAUAAUUUGACAACUCCUUGGAUAAUACAGUGAAUGUUUGUAAUUUGAUUUUUUUAAACAAAAUUAGUCUAGUAGUUGUUCGUCGUUGAUUUGAAAGUGCUGAAUUGCGAAUUUUUUAUUGUAUAUCAUUGUUAAAAUACCUACAUAUAUAGCAAAUAAAAAUAUAAAGCAAUUUAUUAUUAUACUCUCUUCACACAUUAGUCUGUGAAGAGUAUUUUAGGUUUACUUUGUCCGUCCGUCCGAUGUCACGUUUUUUUGUCCAUACGAUAAGUCAGAAACAAAAAAUGAUAUCAGCUUGAAAAUUUCAGGAAAAUCGAGCUCUAGAACGGGACGAAGCCUAUUGAUUUAAAAAAAAAUAUGAAUAAAAAUGGGGGGUCAAAUCAAGCUCUAAAAGGGAAUGAAUAAAUUAAUAAAAAUGGGGAGGUUGAAAUAUUGAAAAAAAAAACCAACUAAAAAAACCUAAAUUGAAAUCUUCAGGAAAAAUCAAGCUUUAUAAGGGCAUGAAGCCCAUUGAUUCUGGAGAAACUCCUAUUCACACACUAUGCCACUGUCAGAAUCCUAAAUGGGGACGGGAAUGGUACUUCGGGGUAAAAUAUCCGGAACCUGAAGAAAUCGCGAAAGCGCCCAUCAGACAUAUUCUUGAAUUGAUCAAGAAAAUCAAUCUGAUGGGAUAGAAACUGUGAGGGGUACAAUAAGUCUAGAGCUUGAACCACGCCCUAAUUCAGAUAGAAGGGGAUGAAGCCUUUUGAUUCUGGAAAAACUCUGAUUAAUAAAGGGGAUUAAGGGGAUCUGUUAAACUGUGAAGAGUAUAAUAUAGAACGCCAAGCAUUAUAUAUCUUCGUUCUAGUUUUUACAUCGGUAAUGUCAUGAUUACCGCUCUUUAUGAAAUAAAAUACUUACUAAAAACAACAAAGAAACUUUAUUUCAGACAUAAAUAUAUAAAAAGGAUCCUACCAAAACAUACCCUUUGGAUUGUCUGCAUAACGGAAUGACAACUCUUUUAGGACAGGUAUCAGCGAUAAUUUUAUACAUGCCUUUACAAUGUUAAAUAAAAUAAGCCUUAUUCCCUAUAUAUGCCUGCGUCUAUGCUAACAAAACCUCACCUAUGAAAUUACCGCGUAACAUUCUUAUUACACAUUUUGGCACACUACACAUUUCCUCACCAUCCUAAAUGUCCUUAUUAAACAGUUCAAUGUUCUAAUUAUUCUCAAAAAAAUACCGAAAACCUCAAUUAAAAUUCAAAUGUCACAUGACGCCGUCAACAAAAUGUCUUAGGUUGCCAAUAAAGGUUAUGAACUAGAAUGUUCAAUAUACACAUACGAUACACGUGUAAAAGACGAUAAUACAAAUCUUAAGUGAUUGUAAUGAAUAAAAAACCUCAUAUUUAUGCUUUCAAUUCUUUAACUUUCUUUUUUAAAUAAAUUAUAUUAAAGGGAAGAGUACACUUUUUAAUAAAAAUUUAAUGGAAGAUAAUCUGAGAACAUAGGAACAGUGUACUGUCAGAAAGAUGUUGCGGACAAAUUCAAUGUAAACAAAUCUAUUAUUCGAUAUCGUUGGGUCAACCAUAAUUUUAAGUAGUUAGGGUACUAAUUAUUUUAUAAGUUGGCUGUUUGGAUUUCGCACCUAGAACAUAUGUGCAUAAGGUAAAUUAAAUCUAGAAUGCUAUGAUUUGACGUUAGUUCACUAGUUACAUUAUUAACUAAAACCAUAGAUCUCAGAAACCCUAGAUACAGCAUAGAAAAUCAAUUUUGAUUUGACCUCCUACAUUCUGGGCGCCAUGAUAACUGAAUUUUAAGGUGGCUCUACUGACAAGACAUGAUCGGCGCAAGGUUACGGUAGAAUAUAUAAGGAAGGAGUAUUUUUUCAUGUAAAACUUUACACAAAUAUUUAAUAAAUAAUUUUUUAUGGUUUAUUUUAUAUCAUACUAAAACAUUUUCGGAAUUAAUGGAGGCGAGACCAUUGAUAAUUGAAGAGCUUGGCGUAAUAAGGUUUGAGAAAUUGAGUUGUAAAUUUGUUUUAAAUCUGUCAAAUACAAAUAAAACAUUAUUUAAAUAUAAAUAUUACAAGAAAUAGUGCCGUCUUUCGGAUUAUAGGUAAAAUAAUUUGUAUACAGCUAGUAAUAUCCUUGUUAACAAAUGUUUUGAGCUAAAACAGUCACUUCACGACAAAUUGUGACUUGCAUCCUUUUUACACCUUUAAUUGUUUGAAAUCACCGCCUAAAAUGUCACUUUAGUCGAGUCGGCCAGGAAAAUUGUAAAAACACUGACCCUUCGGGGGGCAUUUUAAAAUUAAUAUGUUUUAAUAAAUAUUGAAAUUUAGUUUAUAAACUAUCAUUCACACGCAAUUUCAUUAAGUAAAUAAGCGUCUAAUGAAAUAAAUCGACUAUCAUAUUUUGGAAUAAAAUUUCAACUUGCAUCCCAUUUUUAUUUAGGAUUUAUAUGGUAAAAUAUUUUAGAAACUUUGUGCUUGAACAAUAAUCUUCCACAAAUACGCAACUUAAAGCAUUCGCUUUUUCGUCGCUCUGUUCUAAAUGCUCUUAUUUACAAAUAUUUCUUGCCACGCUUGCUUCGUAAAUAACUAUUGUUAAGCAUGAGAAUAAAUUCCGGAGUAAUACUGUGUCAAUAUUUUUCCAAUGUAUCUAACCAAGUUCAGGAAUUGUGUCAUCAGCUGUUGAUGAGAUUCUCAUCUUGAGAAUAAUUAAAAAAAUUGAUACCUAUUUUAUUUUUCAGUAAUAAGGGGAAGUGAGUUUUGUUAUUCUCCUUUUUUGUCUGAUCUACUUUUUUUUUUCAUACUUAGUCUAUCAGUAGUAAAGGCACUUAAAAUGCAUUUGAAAACAAUGCCCUGAGAAAAUGGAUCACAUUUUCAGUUUUUCAGUUAAGUUAGUUCACUAGCGAAAGUCGUACAUACAAAUAUCGCCUAAUGUAUAUAUUUCAAUUUUAUUGAAUUCUUAAGAAAGGCCGUUUUACGAGUGAACUGCCUUAAUUACAUGUUUAGUAGAUGUUUAUUUGAAACCGAAGUAGUUUAGUUAACAAAAGAAAACUAAGAGCCUUUGUACUCCUAAGUUGGAGCUAAUUUUCAUACUUACCUCUAAAAACAAUGAAAUAUUUUAUUUGUCCAACUUUCUCCGGGUGCAUGACCUUACAAUUCUUAUUAAAAUACAAAACAGUGAUUAAAUCAUUUAUGAAGUAAAAAAUAAUCUUAGAACAGUUUUCUGAAAAUAACUUAGAUAAUAAGAAAAUCCAUAAUGAAAUAUUUGUUUUAAUAAUCAACGGUUUUCUUUAUUAUCAUCAUAUUAAUAUCUAAUAUAAAUAGAUGAAUCAGUCGGAUUAGAACUAAACCGAAACCUUUUAAAAAUGAUACUUGAAAUUGAAUGUAAUGUAUCCAAUGCUAAACAUAGAUGAUUUUAAAUUACUUGUAAAUUUAAUAAAAUUAUAUUUUUUUCAUUAUAAUUCAUUUAUUUAUAAUUGGAGUAGGUAUGUAUAACCAAUAUACUAUUAUCGUUGCAAUUUGAAACCUAUUGUAAUGUGUGCAAAUAGAAUUACAAGAACGAGAAACUUUAAAAAACCGGUCCUGAUUAAACAGAACUAGACAAGCCAAGAAGGUUCGCCAAAGUUUUAUUCCUUAUUUUAACCUAUAAAUUUUUCAUCUCACUCAUUAACAACUAAUAACAAAGUGGAUAAUUAUCAGUGUUAUGAAGACUAGAUAGUUAGUGUUCACCUAUUACUGAACACAAAAACUAAAAAUCGGUGUAGCCAAUACAUGAUCUAGUUAUCAUGACGGAAAGCCUAAAGCGGUUCAUUUUAUUGUAUUGACAGGUUACACAUAGCGGCAUCUAGAUUUUCUGAGAGCUAUGACAAACUUACAGUAGUUUGAUAUGGUUUGAAAAGUUCUGCUUCUCUAAGAUGGUUUUCAGACUUUUGUUUUAUUAAUUUAAGACCUUCCUGACUACAUAAAAUCUCAAGCGUUACAUAUGAUUGAACUUGUAUUGAAGGGGAAAUUCUAUUAAUAAUACAACUUAUAGGGUGAUGUAUUUAAAAAAACUAGUGACUAAUAAUAUUAGAAAAACAGUAAGUGGCAAAAGUGAAAAUGUCAAAUCUGGAAUCUUCUUGUCUCAAAUUUUGUACAAUUCGACUUACCUAUUUAUGAGAUAAUAAGGCGUUUCUUGACUUUUGUUUCACUCCAUAUAAACAAAAGUCCGUGCAUGAUUUACUUAAUUUGAAAUUGUCUGUAUUGGUACUAUUGAUUAAUGGCUGCAUUUAUUAGGUAAAUAAAUACUCGUAUUAAUAUUUAUUCUGCCAAUUCUGAUCGAAUUACGUGUCUACUAUAUAAAAUUCACUUAAACGCAAUAAGAAAAACCUAAUGAUUCAAAACUGGAAGAAGGUAUUUUUUUAUUAGUAUUUUUAUGACAAAUCCACGCAUAAUGCAUGAUACUAUAAAAAGAAGGUAUGUUAUUUCGCAGAUUGAUGACGUCACGGUGAAGUAAUAUGGUGGAAGGCGUGGCUUUUACGAAUUUGACGUUUCAGCUAAUCGAAAACAGCGCGCGAACAUAAAUUUUAAUCAGCUCAUGGCCAAUCAGAUAACCAUAUUCCACACCAUAAUACGUCAUGUGCGAUCUUGAGGAGAUUUUGUCGGCUAAGUAUCAUAUCUCUGAAAUUUUUUGUAUCAUGCGCAUAAUGUGCUUUUAAUUUGUUGUUGUGCAGGAUCAAGUAUAUAAUUUAUGUACAAUAUAUACCUACGUAAAUGUUUCAUAAUGCAAAAUAAUAUUAAAUGUUGUUUGUUGUAGAGACUGUCUUAUAACAUAUCUAUGUUUGGUCUGUAAUCUUGGCCAUUACUUUAAUGUGAUGAAAUUUCUAUUAUUGACAAAAUAUUUUGUCGAUCAAUUUUAACUUUUUUAAAAAUAUUUACAUUUCAGAAUGUAAUAAUUAUAAGUAAUAUAUACCUGAACGAAGAAUAUUUUUUAGUUCAAAAUUACAGUUACUAUUACAAAAAAAAUGUUUAUUUCUAAAAACUUAUUUUAAGCUCCUUUGAUUAAUUUUUGAAUUUAAAGAAAAAUUUGACAAAUAUCAUUUUCCUUUUCCAUGUAGUAGUGUUUAAUAAAUUAAUAUAGUAAAAGUUUAAAGUAGAUUUGCAAAUAUUUUUGAAUAAAAUAUCCCAUUAUUAUCGGGCAAUGGCAGAAUCUUGGGGUGACAAUAUGACCUUUUUUUGUCAAAAAUUACCUCAAUAAAAUAUUGACGUUAAAGUUAUAUAGAAAAUAUAUUUUAUUUCUUUGGAAUGUUUGCUUGACUACUCAAUAUACUUUGACCAAAUUUAGGUGGUAGUAGUAGUUUCUAAAGGUUUCUAUGAUUUUUUAGAAAGGCUGGUACCUCAGCAGUGGUAUACAUACAAAUUUGGUUAAGAUCUGAUGAUGGGAUCCAUGAGAAAAUCAUCAAACUCUUAAUUUCUGAGUCGGUUUUUAAAAUUUACUUUUAUGGUAAUUUCUAUUGUAUUUUAUUGAAGUGAAUUUUAGGCUAGCGAUUCUGCUAUUGCUCCAUUUCCAAUUAAUGGGAUAUCCUGUAUAUCGCAGGAUUAAUUCAUAAGUAAAUAAAAAAUAACAAAAGUCGAAGAAAACAUUGAUUUUGGACAAGUAAAUCUAUUGCCUCUCUUUUAAAUAGAUAAUAGAUAAUAGAUAAUUUAAAAAUUAAUUCUGCAAAAAUUUACAAAUGAUGGAAAAAUGGCAUUUUAACUUAAAAUAUAAUAAGUUUGUAGGUAAAUAUUUUCAAACAUUCACAAAUAUUUGCAAUAUUAUUACGCUUUUGAUGGAUAUGUACUUAAUCAAUGUUUCAGAAUAUUUGAAAGUGACAUAUUUUAAAAAGAAGAUAUAGUUCUAUUUAGUUCUAAAAUUAAAGAAAAGGGCCUAUAAAUUAUAUAACUAUAGUUGGGACAAUGUAAUUUUAUCCAUGCGUUAUUAAUAUCUGAUACUAUAAAACUUGCAAUCUUUAUGUAGCAUUAUUUUCUACUAAGUGUAAAAAGUAGAACAAUAUUAGUUACUGUUUUCUUAACAGGCAAGUAUGUUGUUAUGAUGACCGAUUACACACUCAAUAGACUGAAAAGAGAUCGACGCAUAGUCUCACAUUUUAUUUGGUUAGUGCAGUCACUUCUUUUUAUAAUUUUACUAAAUUUGCUAAACAUUGCUGGUGUCAUAAGAUACACAUAUCAGCAAACAAUCAGUUAAAUAAAUUUUACCAGUGGGGUACAACAUGGAUAAGUAACACUUUCAGCCCCUCUAAAUUUUACGACACGGUCCAAAAACUAUUUGAUGUUUUUUAAAUAAAUCAUGUACUGUUGUUGGGAACUCAUAGUGUUAAUAUCUCGAAAAUCAAUCACUUUAUGAGUUCCCAAUACGAGUACAUGAUUUAAUUAAAAACCUCAAAAAAAUCUAAAACUGUAGUCCAAAUGAGUUUUUGGACAUUGGCGUAAAAUUUAGAGACGAUGCUACUUAUCCGUGUUGUACGUCACUGGUAAAGUUUAUUUAACUGUUUGCUUUGCUAAUAGGUGUGUCUUAUGACACCAACAAUGUUAACCGUAUUUAGUAAAAUUAUACUGAGAAAUAGAAAAAAUAUAGCCAUUAAUAAUUUUGAAUUUUUAACUUUUAACACCCUGUACUUCGGAAAUCAGUAAUAUUUUAUCUAAGCAUGUUUCAUUUAAUCGUUUUAUUUUUAAUCAGAGAAUCUUCAGUUGUUCUGUGUCUCAUUCUUAAUGAGACACAGAACCCUGUAAAUAGAGUAUGAUUACAUAUUGCUAGACACAAAUUUCCCCAAAGUUCCUUCUUCAAUGGCUAAAAAUCCGAUGACGUAGCGAAAUUCCGCUACUCCUGGCAAUUCGGAACAAAGUCCUACUUACAGACACCUUUUACAAAUUUCCUCCAGAAGGCAUAUCACUUAGCUGCAAUCGCGAAUAGCAAAUGUGCAUGGCAUACCUAUAUAAGUAUGUAUAUAUAGUUCAAGGACGAGCGCGGUGGCUCUGCGACAACGCAUCUCUCCUGCAUUUGGCAAGUAGUGGCUUCGAAGUCCACUGCCGCCAGGCUUGCUCAGAGCUUUUCUUUUAGCAUUGAGCAAAUUCUGUUUGUUUUUAGUUUAAUAUUGACUUUUUAAUAAGUUUUUACAUUUUUCUAGGACAAUUUUUUUCUAAUACUCUGCUAUAAGAGUUAUCCCAAUUUUCAGGGUUCAGUAAUCUCUCUCAGAUACUUUAGAUCACCAUUUCUUCCACCCCAUUUCCUUAGACCUCAGAUCCCUCCAGCGCAGCUGAAGAGGCUAAGAUCGCCUAUAGCGGCUUGCUUCCAACCGGGAGAAUGAAAUACAUAUGAUGAUUACCUUUUCGGUUGAAAAAUUAUUUAAAUAAUAUAAGUUGUGUUAUUCAAUUCUGCAGUAUUUUCUAUAAUAAAAGAUUUAUGAAAUUAAAAUAUUCGAUUUACAUACCUUUUCUAUUUUUUUUGUGUUUUAUUUUAUUUUCUUUCAUAUAUUUAAUUUUUUUGAACCAACUGUUUUUGGAAUAUAUGAUUUUUCGAAUUUAUGAGAUGUUAAAAGACUUCAACAUAUGCGGGCCAUUUGUUCAUUAACACAUUUUACUUUAAACCACCCCUGACAUUUCUAGAAACAAUCCAGCGCCAUUGUGUCAUUUUUCUUCGCCCUAAAAGUUCUAAUCCACAUCACAUCGAUAGAUGCGCUCACGUAAGCUCCGAAUCAUAGAUAAUUGGUUAAAGCAACAGACGAGAACUGCCACCUUCCAUUUUCUUCGGGUACACAGCUAAACCAAACUUCUCACCGACCAAAACACUUAAACUAAACGGUUUGCAUCGACACGCCACACUGCCAUGUUGUAAUUUAAAAAUUCUCUUCUAAUAUUGUCGUAAAUGGCUAUGUGAUUUUCUUUGACAAAAAUAAAAAUGUAGUACAAAUUCAGUGAUGUAAAAACGGAAUAUCAAGUGUUAACGGAAGAAUAAAAGUUAUAGUGAAGCCGUAGAUUUUUAAUUACCCAACUUUAUAUUGAAAAACCAGUGAAUCUCAUACGGUCUGCUUAGUCGAAAUAAAAUUUACAUUGUGUAGAAAUGACACUCAACAUGUUCAUACAUGAGUUUUACAAUGAUCAAAAAUCAUAAUAGAACUCCAAAAAUUCUAUUCUAUUUAUCAAUAAAAAAUAUAGUACACUUGUCUGAAUUUUAAAAUUAGCGCGAAACAAAAAUAAAACCAGUCUUCAGUAACUUACUAGUAACUUACUUAUAAACGUAAUUUAUUAUAAAAUAUUAUGAAAUAAAGUUAUUAUGACAUAAUUCCAAAAACCUAACGUUAUUCUACGAAGAUUCUUAAAUUUUGAAAAAUUUUAGUUUAAUUCAGGUUAAGGUCUAUAGAUAUUAAUGAUAUUAAUGAUAUAAUCCUUAAUUACCUUACAAUGUUCAAAGAAGAUUGUUAAAUUUGCAAAACUUUUGUCUAAUUAAUGUAACGGUCUAUAAUAAAUAGAUAUUAAUGAUAUAAUCCAUGAGUACCUAACAUUAUUCUAAGAAGAUUUUAAAUGUUAAAAUAUUGGGCACAGUUCGAGUUUAAUUCGUGUCUUUAUUUAAAAUGGUUCGACUAUCAAUUCUUGUAAAUGCCGUUUAGUGACCCUUUAAUUAUUUUCGAAAAAUUUCGUAAAUUUCGCCAAUUUAAAUGGGAAAAAUGAGCUGCCAAACUGUUUAACAUCCAUGCAUAUGCAAAUGAAAUGUCUGUUUCCGUUGCCUUCUGCUUGUUAAAAGACAAAAGUAUACAAGUUACUUAAAACUGCAAUGUGGCAACUUAUAAAGAAAGAUAUUGACGGCAUGGGAUUUAUCCUGAAUUAAAAAUUAUUAACAAAAAAGCAACUAAUAAAUGAAAUAAUAAGUACCUAUCUUAAUUUUAUAAUCUCCAGUAAAAAUAAAUGACCACUUGAAAAUAUUUCGUUUUAAUUAAGAUAAGUAAAAUAUACAUCCCCAUCAGCAUAAUUUCCUCGAUUUGGUGGAAUUAGUCUGUCCUCAACAAUCCAUAAUGGAGAUAUAAAUAUUAUAAACCGUAUUAACUUUAUUGUGAAAGUAUUUUAAGAAUUUUUUUAAACUUAUCUAAUAUUUUUCACCUGGAAUAUAACAAACCAAGGUACAGAUCUAUUCUUUGUAUCGUACUUAUAAUAAUUCCGAAUAAAUAACUGAGUAGAUUCCUGAAUUAUCAGCAAAAAUUAUGGUAACUACUGUAAACAACGAUAAUUAAAGUUUUAAUCAAACAACAAAAAAUUGUAACAAAAUAUAAACUACAUGCACUUUGCACUUUUUUCAAUGUGCGCUUUUUUCCAUGUGCGCUUUUUUUCCAUGUGCGCUUUUAUACCCGUGAGCUUCUUUCCCUGUGCGGUUUUUUCCGUGUGCGCAUAUUUCCUCGUGUGGUUAUUUCCUGUGCGCUUAUAUGUCUGUGCGCUUUUUUCUGUGCGCAUAUUUCCUGUGCGCUUAUUUCCUUUGCGCUUUUUUCCGGUCACCGAGUUUUAGAUAUUGUUACCACCUGUCCUUUUUUUGAAAAGGACAGUCCUUGUUUCAAACAGGACAGUCCUUGUUUCAAACAGGACAGUCCUUGUUUCAAACAAAUUGUCCUUUUGACUUUUUAAACCUAAAAAUGUCCUUUUAAAAACUACAUUUUUAAUAUUUUCAAUAUUCUUAUUCGCAGCAGCACCGGCAUGGCCCACGCGCUUCCAGAAAUGAAACAGUCGUAGUGCUGUUUUUCCGAACGCACUUGAUCAUUUUACAUGUCGAAAAAAGUUUUGUUUUGUAUAUUCAAUUUUCCAAACAAACCAAACAAAUUUUUGCGGCUAAAACCAGCGUUUAAAGAAUAUAAUAUUUAAAAUAAUUUGGUUAUUUUGCGGUUUUAAUGUUAUUAGUUGAGGUGAUGCAGAUUUCAGACUGUUUGAGAUUGAAAAUAAAAACCAAAUUUAAGGACAUUAAAAAAAAUGGGAAGUUGUUUUAAACUGUUUUAAAAAUACUCCAAAUGUUUUUUCGUUAAUUUCAUUUUUAUUGUACCUCCUAGUUCAGAAUUUUCUGAGCGAAUUUUGUCUGUGAUGGCUACCAAAUAACGCGACAAAAGAAAUCGAUGCUUCACAGAACAAAUUCACUCAGAGCUCAGAUCUAUUAAUAUGUUUUAAUUUUUAAGAGAAUUGUCAAGAAUUUUAUGACUUCAUAAAAAACAACAAGUCUGCUUUGGAGGCUGCAAAAUCAAACAAAAAAUACUAUUUUAAAUUCAAUAAUCCCUAGAGGUAUGGUUUCGCUUGUGCGCCCGUUGCACAAGAUGCACAGGCGUAACCAUACUUAAGUAUUUUUUAGUUUUUAAUAUUUUUUGAAAUGUCCUUUAAUCGCUUUUGGCAAUCCUAGUUUUAGAACAAAUGUUGAUCGAACAAAUGAUUUUCGAUAAACUUAUUUUUCGAACUAAUGUGUUUGAACAAUUGUUUUUUGAAUAAAUGUAUUUUGAAAAUUUUUCCGGAAACUAUUUUUUAGACAAUUUAGCUGACUUCCGACAAGUAACCCAUUCUUAACAUUUUUUUUUUUUUCGAAAUCUACAGAGGCCGAACUUUGUAUUCCAUUUGCAGUACUCCUUUUAUUGUUAACUUAUCGUUUAAUACAGCAGCGUUUAGAAAUGGGAUAUCAUAACAACAUAAAUGUAUUAUUUUAUGAACUUAUUUUUUUUUGUAUUAGAAAAUGGAAUAUACGUUGGUCGGAACAGUAGUUACAUCGCUUUUAAUUUCAAGAUGGACAUUGUUUUGUCUAGAUUUUCUUGACUUUGGUUCGUAUGCAUAUUACGGGUAAAUAUUUGUUAACCCAACUCUACGCUUUUUAAAUAUUGUCUUAAAAACUAUUCUUCAUCAGGUUUACUAUCAGUGGGACGCUUUUGUCAAAAACCAAUUUUGUACUGCAUGUAUUUCAUAGAUUGAUUAUAAAAAAAUUGAAAUGUACAUAUAGACUUAAGAUUUUCAUAAUUCAUUAUUGUUCCAUAGGAUUUCCAAAUAACAAUAUUUUUAAAAUUUACUUUUAUUUUUUCAUUUUUAAAAUUUUCUCUACAAGAAAAUGUUAUAAAAUAGUACACACAUAUGCAUGUAAAAAAUAUUUAUGUACAGUUACAUGUUUGACAGGGUGUGUAAGUGUGUAUGUGUUGAAAAGCUUAAAAAUAUCUAAGAAAUAUUUGUUUCAAUAUUUUAAUUUAAUAAAAAUCUAUAUUUUCUUUUAAUUGCAUGCUAUCUAAUGAACUAUUAAUAAAUUAAUGUCAAUUUUUGUUGUAUCGAUUUCCGUGUAAACAAAAUGAUAUGUAAUUUUAGACCUUUUUUACAUUUGGAUGUUACCAUUAAUAAGUGUGUAAAAUGUUUCCAAACCCAUGAAUGUGAUUAUUUUUGUAUUGUGUAAUUUUAUUUUUGCUGCCAUAGAUGUUAAUUUUUUUUUUUUUUUUGAAAAAAAUGUACCCAAAAAAUACGACAGUCUCAAUAUAUUUGUGUAUUUGAAUUAAUAUUAAUCUGUCAAAAAAUACGCACCAAAUUUUAAUCUUUUAAUGACUUUUGAUAUCUUAUCGAUACAAAAUUUGAAUGUUACGUCUAUGACACUAAUAAGUAUAGUAGCGUUUCACUAAAAUUUUGUGCUUCAUUGUAACUUAAAAAAUUAAUUAAUAAUUGAUAGAGCCAUCAUAAUUUAUAGAGCCAUCAUAAUUUAUUUAUUAUAAUUUCUAUGGGUAGCAUACUUUUUGAUUGAUCCGGUACAGAUUGUCGUAGAAGAAAAAUAUAAUAAAAGCAGCAAGGUGUAUAGCUUAAGGACGAUAAUGAUUGUUUUUUUUUUCGAGGUUUUAAAGUCAGAAUUGUGUUUGAGGCUGUGAAUAUUAUCUCAAAUUGUAUAUAAAAUUAUGAAAAAAUAGUCGAUUAUUAUUUUUAUUUUUGGAAGAACUAU